AUGGCAGAUUCAAAUAUAAACAUUGAACUUUCUCCUAAUGAAGUACGUAAUUUAGAAACUCAUGGUUAUAAAUCACGUAAUACUUCACAACGAAAUUCAAUUCUUAUUAGCAACAGCGGAGCUAAUCUUGGUGUUAAUACUAGUGGAAAUAAUGCAUCCUUAAGAGUACGUCGUGAAUCAUCAAUAAAUUCUUUCGCUCGUGCUGCAUAUGAACGUCGUUUUAUUCGAUAUGAAAAUACAUAUCAAAUGGAACCUGAUGACGAGCAUAGAAUUGAUUUAGUUCGCAUACGCCGAGUUGCAACAAGUAUUAUUGAAACAGCUAUAGCGGGCUAUAAAUAUGAUGGAAGUCAAGCAACAGUAUUCACAAUGGCAUUAGCUGAUCGAAUCCGUAGUCAAAUGAAACAAUUACCAUUUUCACGUUAUAAAAUUAUUACACAAGUGUGUAUUGGACAGAAGAGAGGUCAAGAUCUACGUAUUGCUAGUCGAUGUGUAUGGGACUCUAAACAGGAUCGUCAUAUAACAAUUACCAAAGAAAGUUCAGAUGCUUAUGUAACGGCGACAAUUUUUUUUAUUUAUUCCGAAUAA